AUGCCUGGAAAAUUUUUAUGCGAUGAGCUACUGACAGUUUUCCCUAUAGUAGGAUGGCAUGUACCAAGAAACAGUCAGUUGUAUAGUGAAUUAGCCUGGAAGAGACGGUGUAUAAUGAGUGGAAAUAAUCAAGGUGGUAUUAACAUACCUGGAAUUAUUUUGGACGAGUUAAAGAAUAAAGACUAUUCUAAUGACGAAAGAUUUAAAUCAAAAGGCCAGAAUAAAAAGAGAAAUGCUGUGAAACAGAUAAGUAGGAAGGACAAAAGAAAGCAAUUACGUGCCGAAAAGAAAGAUACCAAGAUAAAAAGCAAGAAACAGCAUCGAUCUCACCGUGGUACCGAAGAACCUAAGGAAGAAAAGAAACCAGUUGUGAAAUCGAUACUGAAGAAAAACACUGUUACAAAAGAAAACAAAAGUCACGAAAAGGCAAGUAAAUCUGAAGAAUCCGAAGAUACCAAAUUACCAUUUUCUUCAGACGAUGAAUUAUCAUCAGGGGAUUUUGAUGAAUUUGAUGAAGGUGAUCUAGAUGAAGAAGAAUGGGAACAGUUAAGAGAAUUAGAAGACGAACAAGAGGAAGGAAGUGCUGAAGACUCUAACGAUGAUAUACAAAUGACAGCUGAGGAAACUAUGGAAAAACUAAGAGCAAUAAAACACUCAAAGCCCAAUAAGAUGACUAAAUCUGUUAGUUUUAAACUUGAUAACGAUUCUGAAGAAAAUAACCAUUCACCAAACGCUUCUGAUAAAGAAAUGACAGUAGAGGAGACAAUGAACGCAUUAAAAGCAAAGAAAGCCUCUAAACAUAAGCAAAGUAAGAAAAGAGAGGUGGAAGUAGAAGAAACAAUAAGUUUUCCAUUAACUCCUUCGGAACGGGCAGCCUUGGAAAGAGAUGAAUUAGAUAUGAAGUAUUAUGCCAAAAAACUGGGACUUAAAGGUGAGAAGAGGAGAAUUCGUGCGAGGGAUGAUUUUGAUGCCAUUGGUGGGUUGUUAGAAGGUUUGGAUUUUUUUGAUAGUUAUGGUAAAGAAGACGAGGAUUAUGGAGAUCUUGUCAUUGACAAGAGUAAACGUAUGGAGAUUUCCAGCGAAGAUGAAUCACAAAGCGACGAAGUGAAUGAAGAAGAGGAUGAAAAUGAAGAAGAGCAUAGAAUAGAAGGUUUGCCGUCAGAUGACGAGCUAUCGUCUGGAGAUUUUGAUGAAUUCGACGAAGGUGAUUUGGAUGAGGAAGAAUGGGCACAAUUAAAAGAAUUAGAAGAUGAUGACGAACAAGAUGAAGGUACUUCGACCAGAAGGAAAACUAAAGAAAACCCCUAUGUUGCACCGACACAAGGCUCGAAUGAAACAUAUGUUCCACCCUCCAUGAGGAAGAAAGAGUUAGAAGGCAGUACAGAAUCAGCUACAUCCAUUGAGAUUAAGAAGAAGGUUAAAUCAUCUUUAAACAAACUCUCUGAUUCUAACAUUACAACCAUUAUAACAUCUUUGAACGAAUUGUACGAUUCAUAUCCUAGACAAUACGUCACUGAAGCAGUCACGACACAAAUACUAGAAAUUAUCAGCCAAAAAAAUAAACUAUUGGAUGGGUUCUUGAUGAACUACGCAGCCGUUGCAUAUUCAUUAUGGAAUUUGAGAGGUAUUGAGAUGGGUGCAUCGUUUAUUCAGUCCAUAGUAGAAACAUUUCUUCAGCAUUAUGAAAAUCAAAGGGAAAAUUUGAACAAAUUGUCAAAAACUGGAGAUGAACAGCCAUCCGUUUUUACAAAAGAAUGUAGUAACAUUAUCACAUUGCUGGCCUAUUGUUACAAUUUUGGGUUUAUUUCCUGCGUAUUGAUUUAUGAUUUAAUUAAGUUAUUUGUUGCCACACCGAACGAAUUUACUACGGAAUUACUUCUUAGAAUUGUGUCUGUUUCAGGCCAACUUAUUCGUGGUGAUGACCCAUCAGCUUUGAAGGAAAUUUUGUCGGAAUUAUUAAAGAACGUUAAGCCAAUGAAAGAGCAAUCACCCAGAUUAAAAUUUCUUUUGGAUACGAUGUCAGACCUGAAGAAUAAUAGAUUAAAGCCCUCCAUCCUGGCCACUGAUCACCAUUCUUUGAAAAAGAUUAUAACAGGGGCAUUGAAAGCUACUUCAAGCGAACCAUUACAAGUGACACUAUCUGACAUUGAGAAUGUGGAUACUAAGGGUAAAUGGUGGUUGGUUGGUGCAUCCUGGAGAGGAAACAUGGAAAGUGCGUUUGAAGAAGCCAACACCGUGUCGAAACAAGAAAGAGUCGUCGUAUCAGAACUUGAAAUUGAAGAUGAUUUGUUAGAUGAUAUUCCAGACUGGUCUGCAAUUGCAAGACAACAGCGUAUGAAUACGGAUGUUCGUAGAGCGAUUUUCAUAAGUAUCAUGUCAGCUCAAGAUUAUAUGGAUGCUUUUACGAAACUGGAGAAAUUGAAUCUAAAAAAUAAGCAGACCUUAGAAAUUCCGAAGGUCUUGAUGCACUGUUUAUUGGCAGACAGUAGCACCAACGGUUAUAAUCCAUUUUAUUCUUUAGUUGCAAAUAAAAUAUGUGAACACCAUCACCAGUUGGUAAAAUCUUUCCAGUUCUUAUUCUGGGAUGUUGUUAAGAAAUUCGAAGAUAAAUCAACUUUAGAUUCAAGUGAUGAAGAUGAUUUAGUUGAAGAUUUUGAUGGGGAUGACGACCAAAGAUUAAAAAAUAUUUCAAAUCAAGGUAAAUUUUUCGGAUAUCUAAUAUCUGAAGGUCAUUUAAAGCUAGAUAUUUUCAAGCACGUUUCUAUAAUGGGGGGACUGAACUCUGACGGUGUUUUAUUCAUUGAGGUUUUGUUAUAUCAACUUUUGUUAUCAGUGGCAAAGAAGUCUGAAGUCAAGAGUAAGAAAAACUCGGGAGGUAAGAAGACAUUUGUAUACAAAGAUACUUACCUUGCUUCUAUUUUACUGAAUGGUAUUAAGCCAGAUAAUAGAUCGGUUAUUCUAAAGGGUUUAAAAUGGUUUGUAGAAAAGAAAUUGAAAUAUAAAGACUACAUCACGGGAUCCAAGGGUGAGAAGAAUUACGAGAGAGAUUUGAGAAGGAUAACUUGGGCAGUUACGCAGUUUGAAGAACUCGCCAGAAACGAAUUAGAAUCGAUAGAUUAUUGA